AUGUCAUUUAAUUUACCUGAUUUACCAUCUGAUUGCGACUAGGCUUUGAUUGGAACAUGGACUUCACCUGAUGAUGGAUAUGUAUUGACAUAAUGCUAAUCAGACUGCUACCAUAAAUCAAACAGUUCAAUAGUUAGUUUUUUAAUGGAUAGAAGAAAAAAUAAAAGUGGUGAUAUGCUGCUAAACUAUAAAAUUGGAAGUCAAAUCAAUUAUUCAAUUAUUCUGAUAGACAUCUUAUAUGUAAUGACAGGUAAUGUUUUGUUAAAUGCUGAUGUUAAUUCUUAACUAUAUUUUUCUUUUGCUACUCCACAAUAUUCUAAUUAUGUCAAUAAUUAUAGAGGAGAUCUUUAUUGUAAAGAAUCUUAGAUAAUAAAAAAAGCAUCUUUUUCUUUCUACAAAAGCGAUGCUAAAAUUUAGGACAAUAAUUUAAAUAUCCAUUUUGAAAAAAUUACUGGUGAUUAGUCAAAUUAUUACCUAUUUGGUAUUAAAGGAAUAUAAUUAUCAAUGACUUGCUCUAUUACAUGCUAAAUUUGCAUUGAUUAAAGUAACUGCGAUGUAUGCAAAUACAGUUUUAAAAAAAUUACUCUACCAUCAGGUUUAUAAGUUUGUGAAUAAAUUACUAGUUGCUCAUAAAACUGUUUUCUAUGUGCUGUUAGUUAAACUGAAAAUAUAUGCACAUAGUGUUUCCCUGGUUAUUCACUUUAAAAUAAUUAAUGUAUCUCAUUAGAUAAACUUAAUAUUUGUAAAUCUUAGCCAAACACAUACUAUUCAGAUCCUAAUUAGUGCCUCAAAUAUGCCUAAAAUGCAGUUAAAUAUUAAAAUGGUUCAUAUCAAAGGACAAAUAUGGAAACUUAUUAUUCUUAUAAGUGCCCCUACAACUAAGUAGUAAUAUUAUACCCUGAAUCUUAUUAUAGCCUUUAUUGGUGUGGUUGCUAUACUAAAAAUUGCGCAAAUUGUCCUUAUGGUAUUUGUAUUAAAUGCUCUGAAGGAUAUACUAUUAAAAAUAAUUUAUGUAUUCCUACUUGUAAAGCAAACUAAUAUCUAGAUGCUUUAUCAAAUAACUGUAUUGACUGUGGAAUUAAUUGUUAACUUUGUAAUAGUACAAUAUGCCAAUAAUGCACAGAUUCUACAUUCUAAGUAGAUCAAAGAAAUCCCCAAAAUUGCAUUUCGAUUAACUCUUGUGUUGUCAGUAAUUGCUAAACUUUUAAUGCCUCCCUUGCUCUGUUCCCAACUGCUCGUAAUGCUUCAGUGAAAAUUAUUAACAGUGUUAAUAAUGCUCACAAAACUACUCUUUGUCUUCUGAUAAAUAGUAAUGCAUGCAAUGUUAAAUCUUAAAUUGUUUAACAUGUGAUCCAUAAAAUAAUUUAAUUUGUUAAGUUUGCUAAGCAAACACAUAUUUAAGUUUAGAUUAAAGUUAAUGCCUCUCUUGCUCAGUUCCAAACUGCUUAUAAUGCAGUCAAAAUUAUUAACAGUGCUAAUAAUGCUCACAAAACUACUCUUUAUCUUCUGAUAAAAAGUAGUGCAUGCAAUGCUAAAUCUUAAAUUGUUUAACAUACUCAAUGCCUACCUUGCAGUGUUUAAAAUUGUUAAGAAUGCUAAAGCACAAACAACUAGCUAUGCUAGAAAUGUAAUUCAGGAUAUCAAGUUAGUAGUGAAAGUAAGAGUUGUGACUUGAUUCCUGAGACUCCACAGUAAGUAACAAACUAUUUUCAUUUAGAAUAAACCCUAACAACAAACGGUUACAGUGUAAAUAUAAAUUUUGAUAAUCCACUUGUGUAAUCAACUCUGAAUAAUCUAGAUUAUUUAAAUAUAUUUAGUAUUUAGAUUACAGGAAUUGACUCUAAUAAAUACACUUUAUAAUUCAGUUUAACUUCAAAUAAACUGAUAAAUUUAUUAAUUGUGCCUGCUUGUAAUAUUAAGAAUUCUUUUCUCAAUGUAACUAUUACUAGUGCAUAAUUUGUCCAUGAAAAUUCAAUGAAAAACACAUCUCAAGAACUGUAACUAUCAAUAUUUGUGUUAAUAUCUUAAUCUAAUAUAGAUGCUUCUUAAAAGCUAACUUAAUAUGGUUCUGUCUUUGUUACCUCUUCAUUGCUUUCAAUCAUCCCAGCUAUUUUUUUUGGAAAUAUCUACAUAAUUUGUAAUACUCUUGAUAUCACUGGUUUCUUAUACUAUUUGAUGUUUUUAGAUAUCAGGUAUCCUCUCAAUAUUAUGAAUUUUUAUCAGCUUUUUAAAAACUUUAAUUUCCCAUUCAUCCCUAAUUUCUUUUUAUACAUCAUUGACCCCAAUUACAUCUAACAAUCUCCUCCUUAGUUCAUGGCUUAGGAGACUGACAAUUACUACCUUAAAAACUUUGGUCAAUAUUUCACAAUAUAUUUAGCUGGUUUUAUACUCUAUUUAUUAGCUAAGAUAUUUGCUAAAUCUCCUAUAAAAUAUUUAAAUUUGUAUUGUUAGAGAGCUAUUAAAGAAACAUGGGAGUUUUCUGCGAUGAUAGAUUUGUGUUGGUCGUUUUAUAUUUACUUAGUAGUUGCAGUAUUGAUUUAAUUCAAUACAUAUAACUUUGAUGAUGUUUAUUCAUGCUUUUUGAAUUAUAUACUGCACUCAAUAAGCUCUAUUACUGUUUUAGGAGUCCCUUUUUUAUUUUUUGCGAUUAUCUACAAACAGAAAAAUAAAAUUAAUGAUUAAAAUUUUAUUUAAAAAUAUUCUUCUCUUAUAAGUGGAUUAAAAAUAACCUUAGACUAAGUUCAAUCAUAAAACUAAAGAAACUCUUAAAAUAGUAAUAAUAAUAAUAAUUUUGAAGAAAAGAAAUUAAAUGAUUUUGUUACUUGUUAAUCUACUAAACUUAGAAUUAAUGAUUCAUAGAUUAAACGUAUUAGAAGAAAGAAAAUAUAAACAACAGAUUCAAUAGAUUCAUCAGAAACUAAAAACUCUCCAACUCAGUUAACUGCAUCUUUAUCUAAAAUCGAAGAAAACCAAUUAUCCUAUAGAAAAAAGUUAGUUUUUAUGUUAAGUAGAUACUACAAUGUGCUAUUGUAUUUUAGAAAAAUUCUAUUUUGUAUUAACUCUCUUUAAUAACUAUACAAGUAUUAGCUUCUCUUUUAAUUAAUGAUGACCAAGAUGUGA